CAUGGAGACGGGCCCGGCGCCCCUGGUGGCCCCGCCGCGCCGUCAUGGCGCCCCCGCGGCCCCCUCGCCACCGCCUCGGGGCUCCCGGGCCGGGCCCGUGGUGGUGGUGGCUCCCGGGCCGCCAGUGACCACGGCCACCUCGACCCCGGUCACCCUCGUGGCCCCCGGGGAGGCACGGCCCGCCUGGAUCUCGGGGCCCAACCAAACCACGGACCCGGACCCGGCUGCGGCCCCGGGGGUCGCAGGCAGUACUGUGGUAGUGCUGACUCUGGAGGCCUCGCCGGCAUCCCCGACGGCACAGGUAUCCCCGGGCCUUGAGCCUCCCGUGCCCACGGCGGUGGCAGGAGCCGGGACGUCGAUGGCUCUGGCCCCAGGGACAGACUCUCCGAAGACGGAGGAGGCUCGAACCUCGCCCGCCGCUGGACCAGGUACCCCCACCGGCACACCCACCAGGACCCCUUCCAGAACAGUUCCUGGGGCCCUGACCGCCAAACCCUCGCUUGCCCCCAAUCCGGAAACCACAGUGGCCUCAGGAGUGACUGCACAGGUUGCAGCAGUGACCCCAGGACAGGUGACAAGUGGACAUGGAGCUGCAGCAGCAACAUCAUCAGCAGCAGGACCUGCUCCUGAGGACCCCUCAGGGCCUGGUGCAGGCCCUCCAGGGACAUGUGAGGCUCUGGUAGCCGUAGUGACGGUGACCCCAGCUCCAGAGCCUGCUGAAAGCUCUCAGGACCUGGGCUCCAUGUCCAGCCUGGGACCUGGCAUUCCUGGGCCUCGAGGGCAGGCUCCGGACACUCUGAGCUACUUGGACUCUGUGAGCCUCAUGUCUGGGACCUUGGAGUCCUUGGCGGAUGAUGUGAGCUCCAUGGGUUCAGACUCGGAGAUCAAUGGGCUGGCCCUGCGCAAGACGGACAAGUAUGGCUUCCUUGGGGGCAGCCAGUACUCAGGCAGCCUAGAGAGCUCCAUUCCCGUGGAUGUGGCUCGGCAACGGGAACUCAAGUGGCUGGAGAUGUUCAGUAACUGGGAUAAGUGGCUGUCACGGCGUUUCCAGAAGGUGAAGCUACGCUGCCGGAAGGGGGUCCCCUCCUCCCUCAGAGCCAAGGCGUGGCAGUACCUGUCCAAUAGCAAGGAACUCCUGGAGCAGAAUCCGGGCAAGUUUGAGGAGCUGGAACGGGCUCCUGGGGACCCCAAGUGGCUGGAUGUGAUUGAAAAGGACCUGCACCGCCAGUUCCCUUUCCACGAGAUGUUUGCUGCUCGAGGGGGGCAUGGGCAACAGGACCUGUAUCGCAUCCUGAAGGCCUACACCAUCUACCGGCCCGAUGAGGGUUACUGCCAGGCCCAGGCCCCAGUGGCUGCAGUGCUGCUCAUGCACAUGCCUGCUGAGGUCCCAUCCCUCCCUCCUUAUUCUUGCCCUUCCCAGCAAGCGUUUUGGUGCCUGGUACAGAUCUGCGACAAGUACCUUCCUGGCUACUACAGUGCAGGACUGGAGGCCAUUCAGCUGGAUGGAGAGAUCUUUUUUGCGCUAUUGCGCCGGGCGUCCCCAUUGGCACAUCGGCACCUGCGGCGGCAGCGCAUUGACCCUGUGCUCUACAUGACAGAAUGGUUCAUGUGUAUUUUUGCCCGCACCCUGCCCUGGGCCUCAGUGCUGCGUGUCUGGGACAUGUUCUUCUGUGAAGGCGUCAAGAUCAUCUUCCGAGUGGCCCUGGUGCUCCUGCGGCACACGCUGGGCUCUGUGGAGAAGCUGCGCUCCUGCCAAGGCAUGUAUGAGACCAUGGAGCAGCUGCGCAACCUGCCGCAGCAGUGCAUGCAGGAGGACUUCCUUGUGCACGAGGUGACCAACCUCCCAGUGACAGAGGCACUGAUUGAGCGAGAAAACGCAGCGCAGCUCAAGAAGUGGCGGGAAACCCGGGGGGAGCUGCAGUAUCGGCCCUCACGGAGAUUACAUGGCUCCCGGGCCAUCCAUGAAGAGCGGCGACGGCAGCAGCCACCUCUGGGCCCCUCUUCCAGCCUCCUCAGCCUCCCUGGCCUCAAGAGCCGAGGCUCCCGGUUAGGUGGUGGGGCGCCCUCUCCACCCCCUCCUGCCCGAAGGGCCAGUGCUGGGCCUGCCCCAGGGCCUAUGGUCACUGCUGAGGGACUGCAUCCAUCCCUUCCCUCACCUACUGGCAACAGCACCCCCUUGGGUACCAGCAAGGAAGCCCGGAGGCAGGAGAAAGAGCGGCAGAAACAGGAAAAGGAGAGUGAGAAGGAGCGGCAGAAACAGGAAAAGGAGAGUGAGAAGGAGCGGCAGAAACAGGAGAAAGAGCGGGAGAAGCAGGAGAAGGAGCGGCAGAAGUGGGAAAAAGAGCAGGAGAAGGAGCAGCAGAAACAGGAGAAGGAGCGGCAGAAGCUGGAGAAGGAACGGCAGAAGCAGGAGAAGGAACGGCAGAAGCAGGAGAAGAAGGCCCAAGGCCGGAAGCUUUCGCUGCGUCGAAAGGCAGAUGGGCCCCCAGCCCCUCAGGAUGGUGGGGACAGGUCCUUGGCAUCUGAGGCCCGGCAGGAUGCGUACUUCUGACCUCUGCCCUGGGGCUGGACUGCAUGGCCCCCCUUUUCCCCUCAGCCAAGAGCAGGCCUGGCCCGGGCUGCUGCCCCCAGCCCCCUUGGUAGGCCGUCCUUCUCAGAGGAGGGUGGCUUGAUACCCUAUCUCCUCAUGCCAGCUGCUGAUCCUACACAGCCAAGACAGAGUGCAUGGGGCAGCUGCAUUUCCCUGAGGCAGCCAGGAGCAAAUCUGGAGCCCCUUACCUCCAGACAGACCCAGCCAGGGUCUCUGUCACUCCUGCCCCAACUCCCUCUGGGGUCCCCCUCCCCGGUGCUGUCCUGGUUGAUUUCUUGUCAUUACGGGGGUGACUCUUGGUGAUGGGAGUCUGCAGUUUUCAGAUUCUUACACUCCAGUGGCUUCCCUUACCUAUGAGGUGGAGCUGGGUUCCCUUUUCCUUCCUCCAGUCCUGCCAGUCCCCACUUCUUGGCUGGGGGCCAAGGUUCUCCUUGAUCUAUUUCUGGACAUCUCUGUUAUAAUUAUGUACAGAGGACCUGGCCAGCCUGGGGUGGGAAUGCUCACUCCAUCUUCUGCUCUUCGGUUCUCCUUCCACAAUGCUCGUGUCCCAGUUUAUUUAAGGGGACAUGCACUGGAACAGGAAAUGUCCCCCACCUCCCCACCCCUGCCCUCAUGCUCUCCCUCCUCUGUGUUCUCAGGCCUCCCCUGCUUUGUCUCACGAGGGCCCCUACCUUUCACCUUGUUUCCUUCCAUCCCCUAUCAGAGGAGUCUUCCCUUGAGGUCCAGGGGUGGAACCCUAUGUUUACAUUCUCUUCUGUCCCUGCCCCCGCCCUGUGCGUGUGGCGCUUUGAGGAACCGGAAAAGAACCUGCUGUUGUA